UAAAGUCUUGAUUUUUAAAAGAGUGGCUCACUUUUUCUGGUGAAGAAAAUAGAAAAGAGUGGCUCACUUUUUUCAUAUAAAGCAAGCAGAAGCAGAGGCAGGGCAGAGGUCAAUAACACAAACACCAAAAGAAAGACAAAGCAAAGCAGUAAACGAACAAUGGCUGCUGCUUCGUCUGCUUAUCUGAUCAACUCCAAAUCUGAACUCUUUGUUACUGACCCUUCUCGUACUUUGAGACAAAAAACCACCUGGGUGGGCCCCACCACAACAAACUCUUUGAGGUUGUUUAGGAACACCAAGAAUUCUGGAAGCAUCAGCAUCAGCAGCAACAGCAACAAGCUCUCUUCUUCUUCUUCAGGUUGUUCUAUUGUCUGCAAGGCUGUGUCUGUGAAAGCCCCCACUGAGAUUGAGGGUCUCAACAUUGCUGAGGAUGUUUCUCAGCUUAUUGGGAAAACCCCAAUGGUUUACCUGAAUAAUAUUGUAAAGGGGUCUGUAGCAAAUAUUGCUGCCAAGCUUGAGAUCAUGGAGCCGUGUUGUAGUGUCAAGGACAGAAUAGGUUACAGUAUGGUAACUGAUGCAGAACAAAAAGGACUUAUAACGCCUGGAAAGAGUAUUCUGGUGGAACCUACAAGUGGAAACACAGGCAUUGGUCUUGCGUUUAUUGCUGCUUCAAAAGGAUAUAGACUCAUCUUGACAAUGCCAGCAUCAAUGAGUUUGGAAAGAAGGGUUCUUUUAAAAGCAUUCGGGGCUGAGCUUGUAUUGACUGAUUCAGCAAAGGGCAUGAAGGGAGCAGUUCAAAAGGCUGAAGAGAUUUUGAAAAGCACACCCAAUGCCUACAUGCUUCAACAAUUUGACAAUGCUGCUAAUCCUAAGAUACACUAUGAAACAACUGGUCCAGAAAUUUGGGAAGAUACAAGAGGCAAGGUGGAUAUAUUUAUAGCAGGCAUUGGAACUGGUGGAACUAUUUCUGGUGUUGGUCGGUUCCUUAAACAGCAAAAUCCUAAAAUAAAGGUAAUCGGUAUAGAACCUACAGAAAGCAACAUACUUUCUGGUGGAAAACCUGGUCCUCAUAAGAUUCAAGGAAUUGGAGCUGGUUUUGUACCCAGGAAUUUGGAUCAAGAAGUUGUUGAUGAAAUCAUAGAGAUAUCAAGUGAUGAAGCUGUUGAAACUGCAAAGCAAUUAGCACUCCAGGAAGGGUUGCUGGUGGGUAUCUCCUCUGGAGCUGCUGCUGCUGCUGCCUUGAAGGUUGGAAAGAGACCUGAGAAUGCAGGGAAGCUUAUUGCAGUGGUGUUUCCCAGCUUUGGAGAACGAUAUCUCUCCACAAUUCUUUUCCAGUCGAUCAGGGAAGAAUGCGAGAAAAUGCAACCCGAGCCAUGAAAUCCCUUUGUUUGAGUUACAAUUUAAUGAAAUAAAGUAUUGUUGACUCAAAUUGUUUCUAAUGUAUCUGCACAUUUGUAUUCCAAAUCAUCCAUUAUGUACUGUAUGUUCGAUCUGGGUCUUAGGCUUGUGAAUGGUAUGCUUCUCUUUGAAAGAUGAAUCCUAAGAAUCGAAAUUGUCCCAGGUGGAUUCAUGUACA